AUGUCCGACCGCCUCCCAUACACCCCGCCGUACGCACCAGGCCACCGCUCGGUCGAGUACCGGAUCCCAGUCCCGACGUCGCUCGACGAGUACCAGAAGGCGCUGCACUACAUGACCGGGCGGACGGCCAAGAAGGAGGUGGAGACCGGCGACUCGGGCGUCGAGCUCAUUGUCUCGGAGCCGUUUGACGACCCGGCGCGCGGCGGUAAGGGCGUGUACACCGAAAAGGUGUACCACCUCGAGUCGCGCAUGCCGGCUGUCGCCCGCAAGCUCCUGCCCAACUCGGCCAAGGUCGUCCAUGAGUUCUGCUGGAACGCCUUCCCCAACAUCCGCACUGAGCUCCACGUCCCGUUCUUCAAGAAGGCCUCGGUCAUCAUCGAGUCGCGCCACGUCGAGGGCCUCGACGUGCCCGACUCGGUCUUUGCCGACGCCGAGCCGUGCCCGUCCGACACCCCGGUCGUCGUCCUCAACAUCGCCUCGGAUCCCACGCCCGAGAAGGAUGCCUGCGACGAGGAGGAGCCCUCGCUGGUCUCAUCCGCUACCACCGGCCGCCUCCCGCUGGCCCGUGACUGGCUCGACACCGCCGCCGCAGGCACCGCUGCCAAGGACACCCCCUACAUCACCGUCUGCAAGCGAGUCAUGCUCACCUUUAGCUACACAGGUGUCCAGAAGAAGGGCGAGACCUCGGGCCUCGACUCGUACAAGCCUAUCUUCCUCACCACCCAUAAGCAGCUGGUCUCCUGGAUCGACGACUGGUUCCCCAUGACGCUCGAGGACUGCCGCAACUUUGAGAUCGAGAUCCUCGAGCAGCUCGAGGCCUCCAAGUCCAAGCCUGAAUCCUAA